UCACUUCUUCUAUCUUCCUAUAAAAAGGCCUAACAAUGCCACCUAACCUCACCACCUCACUCUUCAUCAUUGCUAGAACACUCUCAAAACCAAAAUGAGAACUAAAAGUAUUAUACUUCUAAUUUUCAUCACUAUCUUUGCUUUCAACCCUUCAAAUGCAAAACAAACACAACCCUUUUCAACUAUGCUCAAUAUCAACCAUAUUCUAAACAAAAUCCCUCAGUUGAAAGCUCUAACACAAGGAUUCCAAGAAUCACAGUUGCAGGUUUCAGUCCCUUUGGUGGUGGCUGGAAUCCUAUGCUUCAUAGCUUCAUCAAUAUCAAGUGCUGGUGGAAUAGGUGGUGGUGGAAUUUUCAUACCUAUACUAACUAUUGUAGCUGGUUUAGACUUGAAAGUAGCUUCAAGUAUUUCAGCUUUUAUGGUCACAGGAGGAUCAGUUGCAAAUGUUAUAUGCUAUAUGUUUACAACAAGUCCAAAAUUUGGUGGAAAAUCAUUGAUUGAUUAUGAUAUAGCACUUUCAUCUGAACCUUGUAUGUUACUAGGAGUGAGUGUUGGUGUUAUUUGUAACCUUGUUUUUCCAGAAUGGUUGAUAACGUUAAUGUUUGCUGUUUUUCUUGCUUGGUCUACCUCAAAAACAUGUAAAAGUGGAGUGAUGUUUUGGACCAUUGAAUCAGAAGAAAUAAGGGUUAAUGGAGUUGAGGAAAUUGAAAAAGGGUUGUUAGAGAAAGAGACUAGUACUAAAGGGUUGGUGAGGUUACUGCAGAAGGAAAACGAUAGGUCAGAAAAAGUUGAAGAGAAUCUUGUUAUGGUCCCUAAAGAAAAUAGUGUCAAGUUGUGUAUUCCUUGGUUGAAAUUGGGAGUGUUACUUUUGGUGUGGCUUUCUUUCUUUUCUAUUUAUCUUCUUCGCGGCAAUGGAAAUGGACAGAGAAUCAUUCCAAUGGAACCAUGCGGUGUAGGAUACUGGAUUAUCUCAUCAGUUCAAGUACCACUAGCAGUUGUUUUCACUGCUUGGAUGGUAUUUAGAAAAGAAAGUCUUCAAGAGCCGUCUCUUAUACCAGAAGUACAAUGUCAGAACAGAAAUUGUCCAUCGAAUAAGCUUGUUUUUCCAUUGAUGGCACUCCUAGCAGGAAUACUAGGCGGUGUUUUCGGAAUCGGAGGUGGAAUGCUUAUAAGUCCACUUCUUCUUCAAGUCGGAAUAGCUCCUGAGGUAACAGCAGCAACAUGUUCUUUCAUGGUUUUCUUUUCGUCUACGAUGUCGGCGUUGCAGUAUCUGUUGUUGGGAAUGGAACAUGUAGAGACUGCACUUAUAUUGGCCAUAAUGUGUUUUGUUGCAUCACUUAUUGGAUUAUUGGUUGUGCAGAAAGUAAUUGGAAAAUAUGGAAGACCUUCAAUAAUAGUGUUUUCAGUUAGCAUAGUGAUGUCUUUAAGUGUUGUUCUUAUGACUAGCUUUGGGGCCAUUAAGGUUUGGGAAGAUUACAAGUCAGGGAAAUAUAUGGGGUUUAAACUACCUUGUUAAUAAAACAGUUGUGUUGUGUUAUAUGAGUUUUUGUUUGUAUACCUUGCUCUUUCUUAUAAGUAUUUUUGUUAUUUUCA